AUGGCAGCGAUAGCUCCUGUGAGCAAUCCAGCUGGGCACAAUGCUCUGGUCUAUACGACAACCCACCCAGAACAUGGAGACGCCAAACCAAACGGCCUGGGGAUAGAUGAUGACCACUCUUCGAGAGUGCAUCGUCUCCGCGGGUCAAGGGUGCGGACACAUCGCUCUACUUCCUUCGUCACAUCCACCUCGAGUGGUUCUACGAUUCCUCGGCUCGAGGCCGUGGUAGCGCGGGUCAGGAGUCGACCUCCAAUCGUUCCGAGCAAUUUCACACAUGAGCUCGAACAUCAGAAAACGACAGUGGAAGAUCUGGUCGACUUUGACGGCGCGGACGACCCCUAUUGGCCCAUCAAUUGGUCGAGGAAGAAAAAGAUCAUUACCACGGCGUUGUAUAGCUCCACGACUAUGACGGCCUCCUGGGCCAGCAGUGCAUUUAGCCCGGGCACUCAGCAGGUGGCGCAACACUUCGGCGUCAGCAAUCAAGUCGCGACGUUGGGCACGAGUCUGUUCCUUUUCGGGUUCGGCCUCGGUCCUCUCUUGUGGGCGCCGUUGUCUGAGGUAUUCGGCCGAAAGACCUCUGUCCUUCCACCAAUGCUCGUCGCUAUCUGUUUCGACUUUGCAGCUGGCUCUGCAAGUGACUUCCAGACGCUGAUGAUAGCCAGAUUUUUCGCGGGGUUUUUCGCGUCCGCGCCAGUAACGAACACGGGUGGGGUCUUAAGCGAUUUGUUCCCGGCUUCGCAACGAGGUAUUGCCAUGGCCGCUUAUGCCAUGGCCGUGGUGCUGGGGCCAGGUCUGGGACCUAUCGUCGGAGCAGCGCUUGUUGCCCAGCCUCAACUCGGCUGGCGGUGGACAGAGUACUUCUCGGGCAUCCUCCAGAUCACUGUGUUGAUCGUGGAUGUCAUAUUCAUCGACGAAUCAUACCCACCUCGCCUACUGGUAUACAAGGCACGACGCCUACGGCAUCAGAGCGGCAACUGGGCACUCCACGCAAAGUUCGAAGAAUGGGAUAUUUCAAUCGGCGAAUUGGCUCGUAAGUUCUUAGUCCGGCCGAUACAGCUAUUGACAACGCCAAUUUGUUUUCUGAUGGCGCUCUACGCGAGCUUUUGCUACGGCAUCCUAUAUAUGCAGCUUGGAGCGAUCCCUCUCAUCUUCGAGCAACACCGCGGCUGGAGAGCUGUCCCGGCAUCGGUCCCAUUCUCGUCGCUGCUAUUGGGAUCCUUUCUCGGAGCCGUCGUUAACAUUUACAACCAAAUCAUCUACAACAACAAAGCGGCAGGGAAGGUAGCGCCAGAACUGCGCCUCCCACCGAUGAUGCUCGGAUCAGUAUUUUUCAGUGCAGGCUUGUUUGUCACAGGUUGGAGCGCGGAUCCGUCAUAUCCUUGGAUCGCGCCCGUGAUCGGGAUUGCCAUGACCGGAUUCGGCUUUUUCACCGUCUUCCAAGCGGCGCUUAACUACCUGGUCGACACGUUUAGUGGCUACGCGGCGAGCGCGGUGGCCGCCAACACGUUCCUGCGGUCGUGCUUUGCCGGAGCAUUUCCCCUCGUGAUCGCUCCGCUCUACAAUGGUGUAGGCAUCCCGUGGGGCACGAGUAUCUUUGGAUUCUUCUCCAUCCUAAUGGUGCCCGUGCCGUGGAUCUUUUACAUUUUCGGCGAGCGGAUCCGAAAGAAGGGUAAAUGGAGUCGGUAG